UCCGCCCAGAGGCACGUACGUACUGUAGACCUGGAAAGACUUUUGGAUCUUCACAAGUAGGAUACGGUCAUUCCUUCUAAACUUGAUCCGAAAGCUGGUUGUGUUUAUGACCAACAGUGCAGAUUAUUCCCUGUGUCUGUUAUGGCAUGCGUCCGGGAUCGGUGAUCGUGUUGCCUUGGGAGGAACAGGAGCGCAGUGAAGCAUGGAGAAUGUGACAUUGUUCGGGGAUAAUAACACCCAGACUCUGGGGGUAUGGACCGACCAAAGCAUCGAGUACAAAGUGGUGAGUGUGCUGUUAGUGAUAGGCGUUUGCGGCGCCGGGAUCGUGGGGAACGUUAUGGUGAUCCUCGUGGUGCUCACCACCAAACACAUGCGGACUCCCACCAACUGUUACCUGGUGAGUUUAGCCGUCGCAGACCUCAUCGUGCUGACUGCGGCAGGUUUACCCAACAUCACAGAAAGCCUGUUUGGGGAAUGGGUGUAUGGCUACGGCGGCUGUCUGUCUAUAACCUACCUGCAGUACCUGGGCAUCAACGCGUCCUCCUGCUCCAUCACAGCCUUCACCGUGGAGAGGUACAUCGCCAUCUGCCACCCGAUCAAGGCGCAGUUUCUCUGCACCCUCUCCAGGGCCAAAAAGAUCAUCGUCCUGGUUUGGGCUUUCACCUCUCUAUACUGCGUUAUGUGGUUCUGUCUGGCCGACAUCGAAAGCCAGACCUACGACAACAUCAAAUUAAGCAUGUGCGCUUACAAGGUGUCGAGGACACUCUACAAGCCGAUAUACUUCGCUGAUUUCACGCUGUUCUACGUCAUUCCGCUCCUUCUGGCAUCUGUGCUGUACGGGCUGAUCGCCAGGAUCCUCUUUCUCAACCCGCUGCCGUCGGACCCCAAAGAAAAGCCCCAGUCCUGGAGGAAAGGUUCGGGCGCAGGGAGCAAGAGACACUCCAAGAACUCCUCGUUUGGAAGCACAGCGGCCUCGCGGAGACAGGUGACGAAGAUGCUUGCUGUGGUGGUGAUUCUCUUCGCUUUGCUGUGGAUGCCCUAUCGUACACUGGUGGUGGUCAACUCGUUCCUAAAUAAAUCCUACUCGGACUCAUGGUUUGUUCUCUUCUGUCGACUCUGCAUCUACUUGAACAGCGCCAUUAAUCCUGUCAUUUACAAUGCCAUGUCUCAAAAGUUCCGUGCUGCUUUUCGCAAGCUGUGUCACUGCAGGCCGCAGAGCUCACAGAAGCCGGCCACGUAUAGCAUGGCACUAACUUACAGCGUAAUCAAGGAAACCUCCAAUGGGCAAAGCCCAGACCAGUACCACACGGAGAUGGAGGAGCUUCCAGGGCCUUCCAAGGAAUUCCUGCAUGGAAGAAAGAAGCUUUCAUAUAAGGAGUCCUCAUUGUCAGACAGCAUGAUAUCUUCAGCCUAGUUGUAUUAAUAGUUAGUUGUUUAUUCAAAAUAAUUGAUAAAUUGGUCCGAUUAUUUAAUGUUAAAAUCUAGACCAGAUGUAGAAAUUUACCUAAAGUUUAAAGUCUCUUUGCUAGAGAUUUCAGUUUACGUUACUAAAAGGCAAAGAAUGCUGAGAAAACCUCUCAAAUUCUCAAAUCUCAACUUACAUGCGUUAAUACAACUACAGCACAAUGCUGAACACCUCACCCUUGAGAGACUUGUUACAAAACUGUUUUCAUGUUUACAUUCCACUGAGAUAUCAGAGACUGAUUUGCUGUAGCCACUGUGGAAUUGGAUGGAGAUAUCAAGUCUACGUCUUUUAUCUUAUUUAUGUUAUGUCACUAUCGUAUUAGUUCUCAUAUUGUUUUAAAAGCUUUUAAAAGGAAACUUUUAAAAAUAAAAAGCAGCUAGGUAGAACAUACUGUACAGUGGCAUAAUGUAAGCAUGCUAGAGGAAAUAUUUCAUUUGAAUAACAUUUAGAAGAAUAAAUGUAUUCUCUUUAUUUCAUUAUGUAAAUGUCUUAUUUAAAAUGGAGGUGGUUGACGUGGCAGUUUAAAAUUCAAUUUUUCAAUUUUGUAUUUUAACUGUAAUGUGCGUGGCUCUAUUGUUCUAAUUCCUGAAUGUGCUCUAUAUAGUGUGGUUUAUGAUAUUAAUGCACUCUGAUAAAUGUUCCUGUGAAAAAAGUUUGGUUUAAAGGAUACUCAUCUUUAGAUCUUAGACGAUAGAAACCAUCUAGAACCUACAGUAUAGUACAAUGACAUACUGUGCAGUAGGCAAUCAUCACUCUUUGGGUUAUUUCAUUGGGUAAUUGUUUAAAGAAUGCACAUGAUAAUUCUUGCUGUUGUCAUGAAUAUUUAUAUUUUGUAAGUUGCACCUUGUCUUGAAUAAACGGCUAUAAAGGAAUAUCAUGUUCUUGAGUAGCCACAGUGCACACACAUCAGUAUAUAAAUACCUAAUGGAUUAUUAAAAAAUGUAAAAACUCA